AUGUCGUCCCUGGCACACGAACCUCGGCAGUCCCGGGAUACCCUCCAAUCCUCCGAACAUCUCGACCUGCGAGAUGAGAACGCAACCGAUUUCGCCAAGUUUAUCGAAUCGCAAGGCCCCAUCACCGGAUCCACGGGAGCCCGGGAGAUGCUCAAAGCGGGCCAGAGACGGCUUCGACAACUCGCUCAACGCCCGAAGAAGAGUACUGACCCCAGGUCCAAGGCCGAAGAGUCAGCGCGGCAACUGCUUGCCCUUCAGGAAGGAGGGUUCUUGCCGACGAAUGUUCCUGUUCCUGCUGGCGUACCCUCCAAGCGGUCGACCCACAAGAAAAGCCUGGACUCGAGCCGGUCUUCCUCCCGUUCUAUUUCCAACCUCAGUUUCAUGGCGAACUCUAGACGGGAUGUAGAAAGCAUUGGACAGCCAUGGCUCACGGAUCCACUCGAAAAGAAGGACAGACCGGAGGUUAGCACAAAUCAUUUGUCUGCGCUGGAUCUACGGGAGCUGACAUCUUUGGUGGAGGCUGCGGUAACCAUUCCCCCGCGCUUCGAUGACGCGAAUCCCCCGCCGUACCAGCCACCCGUACCGGCGAAGGAUGUCAAAGCGGAUGCACAGCGCGAGAACCAGGACCCUGCGGUUGCUAUUACCGUCGCCGACACCACAUCCGGAUUCAAGGAGAAACAGUCGCUCGGAUCCAGCGACGCGGCGAACCCCAGCAUCCAAGUCGACAGCAGUGAAGCGCAAGGACUCGACACACGGUCUGAGGAUAAUGUGCCAAAAGACGGAAAGGCAUCAGACAAUGACCAGUCUGGUCUCAAGACAGAUGAAGGCGCAAUGUCGCCAGGUUUCGUGAUCGACUCAGAGGUUGCCAACAAGCCUGCUACGAGCUCGUCUGGUAGCUCUUCAACACCGACAAGCCAAACCACUCCUUCUUUGAAGCUUUUCCCAGACACAAUGCCCCCGCGCAACUCGAGUAAAGGAGCCUGGCGCAUCUCCAGUGCUCGCUUGCUCGCUCUCAACAGACCUCUCCCGGCGAGCCCCGAUCCAGAGCAAAGUAACAUGGAUUCGAAUAAAGAAAGUUCUCAACCGACCGAUAGCACCACAGUCAAAGAAGGCUGCGGUACUCAGGAGGUAUCUGAGCCGAUAUCAUCUGCUUCCGCUGAUGUUGGAAAAUCGGACAAAGAGCCUUUGGCAAAUGAAAAGAAUGCACAGAAGAAAGGGUCUCGCCGACCUUCGUCCCUGCCAAUGUGCACAAUUGAUGCGUUUCCCUUGCCAGCACCCAUGAGACCCCUGCCUUCUCUUCCAGAAUCAACUGCAGCGAGUGGUGCUCACAGUCGCAGCGCCUCUAGCAGGUCUGCGCCUCUUGCAAGACUGGUGCUAGAUGAGAGAAACCAGGCCUCUAAUGCGCAUGAUGAAUCGGCCAAGGCCACACCGGCUAUGUCCAACUCUCUUCCCUUAGUACGCGCGGGGCUGAGUCGGGCCGAACGAGUUCAUGCAUUGAAGAUGAGAGAUAUGUCGGCGAGCCGUCUCUAUCUUAAGGAGUCGGAGACACCUCGUGAGGAGGAAGAGGAUUAUCAGCCCCCGCGGGGUGCAAAGGAACCCGAAGAAGCAAUGGAUCAGGAGCAUGGGGAGGCAUACGCUCCUAGGCCUGAGUCUGAAAAGUCGGCGAGUCGCAACAUGCGCUAUCAGCGAAAAGUUGCCUCGGACCCUCCAUCCCCACCGCCACUCUCCCCUCCGCCCUCGAAGCCGUCAAGACACCAGAUUAGCCAAUCUAUUGGCAGGCGUUACUGCAGCACACCUCUUACAGGUAGUGCAGUAUUGGCGAGAGAUUCUGAGCCGCAGAUGCUCCCUGCCUCCAGGGACGCCCCUGUUCGUCGGAGUAGUAGCACUCGAAGCGUGACCUCUUCGCAUGAGCGAGCGAGAAAGGAACAAGACCCCGUGGGCCGCUCCGACGUUCCCAUUCCAUCAUCCGACGACGAGUGCACCAGCGCAAGCGCGCGCCAGGAUCAAGCCCGUCCAACUUCUAGUCGACGCCGACGGAUGAGACCAGCACCCCUCACGAUGACUGAGCACCGCUCACACAAGAUGCGCGCGACAAGGAGGUCUUCCGACUACUGCCUUUCGCCGGGAAGCCACCGAACCCGUGCCUCCGGACGGGCGUCGCCACAGUCGCAUCAUACUCAGAGCUCCUAUUAUUCUCGGGACUCACGAAGCUCCCACCAUGACACGAUCAGGGCUCUUGAAGGGCGCAUCGCGCACCUUGAACGACAGAACAAGAUCCUCCAGGCCGCGCUUAUGGCCGCGUUGGACGUGGGCAGUGUAGAAAGUCUGCUUGGGGGAUCUGCUACCUCUCUAUCUACAUCGGCGAACACGCCGGCAACCGGACGGUCUUUUUCGUCUACGAACAGCUCCAGCUUGGAUGAGUCGAUGGUGGACGACCGUCGGCGUAGUCGCAGACGUCAGCCACCCUACCGUCCAACCAGCUGGAUAGCGAGCCCGGUCUCUAGCAGACGGGGCAGCUAUGAUACCGAAGACAGUGAGAAUGUGAGGGAAUUGGAGGAUAUGAUUGAAGAUUUUGAUAUGGAUUGGAUGUCUGAAAGGUCGAAUCCUUCGAGCUUUCAGAUGUCCUGAAGUUGAUGUCAAAUGGUGUAAUGGCGAUUGUUGAUGUUUUUACCACGCUCUUUGAAAUGUCCGAUCUUAGGAUGAGGAUUUAUGCGCGUCCCUGGUGGAUGGAUUUUGUCUCCGAUGUCAUUCCCUGUUACUUGCAGAUAUUUCCUAUGUU